AAUUUCAAGUAAACCUUCCAGUUUGAUCAUCGCUAGCACCAUCUUUUUCAGAGUUCCGGCCGACAGUUAUCAAAGUGGGGAGGCAUGCAAGGUCCUGGUCAUCCUCCCCCGGCUCCAUUCUACCCCGGCGGAUACCCUCCUCCGCCGGGCUGGCCUGGUUACCCUAUGCCAAUUGUUCCGAUGCAAGGAUACGGAGCUCCACCUGGCGUUUAUCCUCAGCCCGGAGGCUACCCUCCAGCUGGGUAUCCACAACAACAUGGACAUGCGCCGCCCGCUGGUUAUGCCGUCCAUGAUAAAUCCAAGAAGAAGUCUUCAAAGAAAGGGAAAAAAGGUAAGGGUGGUGGCUUCGGCUCAUUCCUCGCCGGUGCCGCUAGCGGGGCAGUUGCGGUACUUGGAGCUGCAUUGGCUGAAGAAGAAGAAGAACAGUCUUCAGGCAAGUUCAAAUGGAAGUGACAAAGCAAGACAAUUGCCAUUACCAUUGUGUCCUUCAAUCGGUGGAGCAAAAAACUACUCCUACUUUUAAGAUAUGGGAAGAUCAUAACGUCGGUUAUUUCUCUCUUGUGGACUUGUAGUAGAAUAUAGUCUAACGCAGAUUUGUUCAACACAUAAGACACAUAUGCCAUGCUCAGAUCUAUUCAUCUAUAGAAGGACAGAAAGGCGGCUAAACAUGUGUUUUACAUGAAUGCUAUGUAUAAUUCUUCAAUGCUUUCUAGGAUGGAAAAUAUGUUUCCUGC